AUGAGCCAUCGUUACCGAUGUUCAAGGCGUCCUGUGACGCCCAACACGCAACACCACUUUGCAACAAGUAUCUCGAUGUAUACGCGCGAUCGUCUGCAAUCAGUGCGCAACUUCUGCGUUGCACCUGCCACUCCAUGCAGCGUGUCAGCGCUCAAUCAGUACGAUGCCGAUGGUCAACCAGAGUAUGAGCUGCCCAACGAGCCCUGGCCCAAAGUUAGAGUGCGUUAUCUACGACCAGCAAUAUGGUCGCUCGCUGUCGCUGCUGGCAUCUUUUCUGGAUCAGCGUACUAUGAAGCGAGAAAGGAGAUUGAACAGGCGAAGAAGUCCAACUGGUUUCAGGCACCACAAUGGGGAAUGCCAUCGCAGUCACGUGCAGGACCGCCGGGUGCAAGUGAACUCGCGACUCAAUGGUGGAAAGAGCUGAACCCUAUCUCGAAGGUCACUUGGAGCAUCAUCGGAGCAAACAGCGCGGUGCAUCUUACCAGUUUCCUUGUGCCUCGCUACUGGGACCUGUUGUGGCACUUACCGGCCCGCAAUGUAAAUUACACGAACUUUACAUCGAUGUUCGUGCAUUCGGGACCGAUGCACUUGGCAGUCAAUAUGUGGGCAACUUACAACUUUAUGCUUCCUGUGGGCUACUCGCGCCUGUUCGAGGGCAAUGCACCGCAUGUUGGAGCGUUCUUCCUGGCAACCGGUGUCUUGUCUGGCUAUGCGCAACACUUAACCACACUGUUCACAAAGAAUAGGCGCAUCAUCCCAGAGAUCUUCAUCAGGGGUGGAGGGGCUUCCGGUGCUCUUUUCGGUAUCUUAGGCGCUUUCUGCAUGGAGUACCCAACUGCUCAACUCGGCAUACUGUUCCUGCCUGUCCACUUUGAAGCGCAGUACUUCUUCCCUGCCGUCAUGAUGUUUGACCUUAUUGGAGUCAUCCGUGGCUACUCUUUCGUCAAUUUCGGCCACGCAGCUCAUUUGUCCGGCGCUCUUAUUGGCGUAGGCUACUCCUAUUUCAACGGCAAAGACAACCUCUGGAAGCCCAUGGUGCGGUUCUGGAAGCGCCGGCUGCAGAAUGCGCAGUAG